AUGCCCGAACCAGCGCCUCCGUCGUUCUCCAGCAAGCUUCAGGCUUCGAAGCGUACCCAGUCAAGCAUGAACGGUUCACAGAUGCUCCACGGAAAAGAGCGCUGGGGAACCUGGUCGCAUCCCAAGCGGGCUCGAAAGCAGAUCGUCCCGCCGUCGCCGCAUACUCCGUCCCCGAGCCAGCGCGAGCCAGCGUCUUCUGCGCUGAGAAGGGUCUUUGAGCCACCGUCCACGGCCACCGCCAGCCCCAAGCAGGUGUUGAAGGACUUCCAGCAGCACCGCCAGCACCAGUCUGCGUCUGCCCCCCGGCCUCGCACCGGCAGAGCGCCCAUCCCGCACUUCCGUACAUACAGUCACACGCAGAGCAGCGCUGCAAAGUCGAAGGCUGCUGUGGCUCCGGAGCCAGACGACGAGGAUGCCCUGGCUACGGCGCGCAUACACGCCUGGCUGGACAAGGUCGAAGACGAGCUGAUUGCUGCUGAAGCCAGAGCUGAACAGGCCAAACUCGAAGCCGAAAUCAAAAAGAUCAACGACGUGCAGCCUGCAGACGAACAGCGUGUUGGAGUUGAAGCCCAAGUUGCGCCUGAAGUCGAGGUUGAAGUUCCAAAAACGCCCAAACUGCCCAAGACACCCACCAGGAACCGUCGACUGGCCCUGGAAACAGACCUCCCCCGCGUCGACAGCGGCUGGGGCACCGCAAGCCCGGCCAGUAUCAGCAUGGCCUUCAUGACGCCCCGGACAAUCCCUCGGAUCGAAGAAGACGAUGCCGUCUGGGAGAUGCUCAGUCCCAAUGUGACGCCGUUCCGCAAAGGCAGAGGCCCCAAGCGGACUCGCCGCCGCAGCUACUACGACGAAGACAUCUGGCCGAGUGCCUGCAACUCGCCGCAGUCUCUCAAACAGCCAGUACAGGUCCCAGCCCUCAGCUAG